AUGGAAAAGUAUUGGAAAGAACUUGAACAAAUGCAAUACCUUUUUGUCCGGGUGGUGAAGACUGGAGAUUUACCUACAAAACAUCUUACAGGUAGGCUUGAUCCUUAUGUUGAGGUUAAACUUGGGAAUAAUAAGGAUAAGACUCGUCAUUUCGAGAAGACUACAAAUCCUGAAUGGAAUCAGAUGUUUGUUUUCUCCCAUGAUAGGAUUGAGGCUUCUUUACUUGAGGUGACUGUGAAAGAUAGGGAUUUUGUAAAUGAUGAUUUUGUUGGUGGACAUAUGUUUGAUUUGUUUGAGAUCCCAAAACUGGUUGCCCAAGAGUACUUGGUUCCUCAGUGGUAUAGAUUGGAGGAUAGAAGAGGGUAUAAGGUCAAAGGGGAGUUGCUUUUGGCUCUUUGGAUGGGUACUCAAGCUGAAGAAAUCUUUCCUGAAGCUUGGCAUUCAGAUGAUGCUAGUAGUGCUGAUGUCAUGGCAAAUAUAAGAUCUAAAGUGUACCUCUUGCCAAAGCUCUGGUACCUGAGAGUUGAUGUGUUUAAGGCACAGGACUUGAUUCCAAGUGAUGAAUAUAGGCUUCCAGAAGUUUUCGUAAUGGCCAGCCUUGGAAAUCAGUCACGUCGUACAAAGGUUACCAAUAGAGAGAGUUUCAAUCCUGUAUGGGACGAGUCUUUGAUGUUUGUAGCAGUUGAACCAUUUGAUGUAUUGAUUUUGAGUGUGGCAGAUAAAGGUGCGUCAGACAAGUAUGAGGUUCUUGGAAGGUGUGUGGUUCCUUUGUCAGAUGUGGAAAUGAGGUUGGAUGAGAAACCUGUGAGAUGUCUGUGGUAUGAAUUUGUGAAGCAGGUUACAAUUAGGGGAGAAAAGGAGGAGAAAAUCAGGUCUGUUGGCAAUAUUCUCAUGAGUAUUAGUCUGGAGGGAGGUUACCAUGUUCUGGACAAGUCUACCUGUGACAGUAGUGAUCUUAGAACAACGGCAAAACAAUUGUGGAAGUCCAGUGUUGGUGUCCUUGAAUUGGGUAUUCUGAAUGCUCAGGCCCUCAAGCCAAUGAAGAGAAGAGAUGGGCAAGCAACUACAGAUGCCUAUUGUGUUGCCAAAUAUGGGGUGAAGUGGGUUACAACUAGGACAAUUACCGAUAGCCUUUCUCCCACGUGGAAUGAGCAUUACACUUGGGAAGUAUUUGACCCUUGCACUGUUUUAACUAUAGGUGUAUUUGAUGAUAGCAAUCUGCAAGGAGGAGAUAAAGUUGAAGGUGUAAAGGACUCCAGGAUUGGAAAAGUUAGGAUUCGUCUGUCCACUCUUCAAACAGACAGAGUCUAUGCACGUUCUUAUCAGCUAAUGCUCUUCGAUAAUACUGGGGUGAGAAAGACAGGUGAAAUUUACUUGACUGUACGUUUUAUUUGCUCAUCGUCGUUGAAUACAACAUAUAUGUACUCUCAGCCACUGUUACCGAAGAUGCACUAUCUGCAGAAUUUAUCAAUAGCAGAUGAAUCCUACUUGAGGCAUCACGCCCAACAGAUUAUCAUUAUGAGACUAAAAUGUGCUGAUCCACCUAUGGGGAAAGAGGUAGUGGAGUAUAUGUUAGAAACCGGCCCUUCCAUGUGGAGUAUAAGAAAAUCCAGGGUUAACUUUUUCAGGCUUAUGGCUAUUUUAGAGGCUGUAGCAAAAAGAUUUGAUCAUAUAUGUAACUGGAGAAACCCCAUUAUAACUUUUCUGAUCCAUAUCUUGUUCAUCAUACUGGUACUAAAUCCAAAACUUAUUCUACCUACUUUUUUUCUCUCUCUCUCCUUGAUCAGUAUUUGGAACUACAGAAAAAAGCCAAUGCAUCCCCCACUCACAGAUAUUUGUCUUUCAUGUGCUGAUACUGCUCUUCCUGAUGAAUUAUCUGAGGAAUUUGAUGGUUUUCCCACUUCAUUUUCUCCUGAUAUCGUCAGCAUGAGGUAUGACCGUCUGAGAAUGAUUGCAGCGACAAUCCAGACUGUGGUUGGUGACUGGGCUACUCAAGGGGAGAGGCUUCUAUCUUUGCGGAGCUGGAGAGACCCUAGGGCAACAGCAGUGUUUCUGAUUUUCUGCUUGGUUUCUUCCAUUUUGUUCAUUGUCACGCCUUUCCGAGUUGUGGCACUCUUGACUGGAUUCUAUACAUUGAGACAUCCGUGGUUCCGCUUCAAGCUUCCGUCUAUGACACUUAAUUUCUUCAGAAGAUUGCCUACCAGCACAGACUGCAUGCUAUGAGAUCUCUAUGCUAUUUUUCCCCUUGAGUCUGAACUCCAAGAAAAUGAUGUGUCACACUAGCAAAUAAGUGGGGCUUUUCUUCUUAAACUUUAUCCCCUUCACCUAGUUGUAAAGUAUAAGUCCUUGUGUGUGCAAUCCCCUCUGAAACUAAAAGUCCUGUGGAUUUGUUCUUAUUUAUUCCUCA